AUGUCAAGUGAUAAUAAAAAUAAAAGAAAAGAUGCAGGCCAAUAUAUUGAAACCAGAAAUAGAAAGAAAGCUAGAGAAGCUUUAGAUUUAAUUACCAAUUCUAAACAACGUCAAGCUUCUUUAUUCAAUUUAUUAGGCACUGAAUAUACUGGUCCAAGUGAAGCUCAAUUAGAAAUGAUGUUUAGAUUAUUUGACACUAACCGUGAUGGUAAAAUCAGUGGAGAAGAAUUAAAAGGUGUCAUUAGAGCCAUGGGAAAAAGACCACUAACCAAAAGAAUUGAUAAAAUUUUAGCAGAAUGCGAUACCAACGGUAAAGGUUAUAUUGAAAUGGAUGAAUUUGUUAGAUACAUGCAAAAGAAAGCAGCCGAAAAAGCUAAGCAAUUAGGUUUACUUGAAUCAUCUGAUGAAGAGGAUGAAGCUGAAGAUGCUGAAGGUGGUGAUACUGAUGAAGAAAAAGAAGAUACUCCAAAGAGAAAAGCUGCUGGUGCAAGACCAAAGAAAAGAAAAGCCGCCUCAAGUGCCUCAAGUGCCUCAACAAACACCACUUCAAAUUCCAACUCUCUUGCCAAACAACCUUCUUUCUUUGCACCAAUUAAAAAGGGUAGUAGUAUUGUACAUUUCUAUACUGAAAAUGCUGGUACUCAUAAAACCAAUGUCGAACUCGAUAAAUUCAAUAACCCAACUGGUCUCGAACACGAUCUUGGUCUUGAAGGUGCUUUUACUCAAUUCACAAUUUUAAUUGGCAAAUUCUACAAAUACAUAGAUACAGACAGCAGAAACGCAUUAAAGUCCAAAGGUUUUAAUAUUGUAGAUGCUGGAACCCAAAAAGAAUUUGUUGAAAAAUUACCAACUGCCGAUAUUGCUUUAAUUGUUUCCAAUUAUACCGAUGACACAACCACCACCGAACAAGAAUUUGUUGAUGCUGUUAAAAAAUUCCACGAAUCUGGUAAAGGUUUAUUCGUUUGGUACGAUAAUCAUCCAUACACCUUCCAAGGUAAUUGGGUUUCAAAAGCAUUAUUCGGUAUCGAAGCUACAGGUAAUGAAAUGGGUAAACAAGAAUUAUCUCUUGGUACUGGCGAAGGUAAACAACAAUUUUCAAGCCAUUUAAUUACCACUGGUAUUAAUAAUCUCUACGAAGGUGUCACCAUUUCCUCAUUCGCAAAGAAAUCAGACAAGUUUGAAACUUUAGCCACUUCAUCUGAAGGUAAUACUAUCAUUUUAGUUUCAGACCCAACCAAAAUGGACAAAAAUUGUGGUCGUGUAGUUUUAGAUACUGGUUUCACUAAAUUAUUCUCUGAAUAUUUCACUGCCGGUACCUCUCGUUACAUUAAAAAUGCUUGUGUUUGGUUACUUGCAUUAGAUGGUCGUUUCAAUUUAGGUGUUGAAGUUUCAGGUGCAAUUCCAAAACCAAUCGAAACCCCAGUUUGGCAAUUUGAACACGGUGGAUGGUUAGAUUAUGACAAUGAUGCCUCAAAAGUAGUCGAAGAAGCCUAUCAAGAAUGGUUAUUAAAUCCAAAUAUUGAUGUUAGAUCAGUCAAGAGUGGUCAUUGGGCAUACCAAAUUGAUUUUAAACAUAAUACUCAAACUAAUAUUCAACACUUUAGUCACACUUCACGUAAUAUUAGAAGAAUUAUGAAACAAGUUAUCGAACCACAAAUUUAA